UAUGUUUUGAAUGGAUAAGAAGGGGUUGAAGUGUUUGUAAAACGAGUGAAACAGGAAUGGCUUGCUUCUUCUGCAUUUCUGUGACCAAAAAUGUGGCUCUCGCUUCACUCAAUCCCAGCGACGACUCUCACUCGCCUCCUCCCAAAACCAAUGGCGCCGCCGAAACUAUUCCGGUCAACAAUCCACAGUUACGCCGGCGGCAGCGGCGGCUUCCAAAACCUCGUCGGCCCUCCGUUAUUGAAAUCGAACGUGCUAUUGGUGCCGGAAGGUUCAGAGACGCGGAUCCCAGGGAUUUGGAAGAAGAUAGGAAGGCGGCAUUUGACAUGUUUUUGAUGAGUUUUACGGGAAAAUAUGAAGGGGCACUCAUGAAGAAGCUUCGCGAGACAGGGGAAUGGGUAACUGAUCAGACUGAAACCAAAUUUCAAGCUUCAGGAAAAUCGUUUCUGCUGUUUACGUUUCAAUGGGUUCUUCCAAUUUGGGCAUUCUCACUCCUUGUGGCUUCUGGGGUCAUUAAGUUACCAUUCAACACUCCAUUUCUUGAUCAACUUCUUACGUAACAAGCUUUGUUAAGUUUCUAAUAAGUCCGUGUAAUAGGAUUUGUGAGUCAUGUUCGAUAUUUUUAAAUUCUCAAAUUUAUUGGACAUAAAAUUGAAAGUUUAAUGCUUUUAGAUACAAAAUUCGAUUCACAUGAA